AAAAAAAAAAAAAGGAACAUCCUCUAAAUUUUUCGAGAUCUUUUCCAUUUUUUUUUUGAUCAAUCGCCAUGGGAGACACAAAGAAAAGACAACUUGCUUCAGACCGUUCAGUUUCAGCAAAGAAACAAAAACAAGAAGAAAAAGAUAACCAAAAAGACAUCUCCCUUAACACAGAAGAGCAACAAGUAAUUGAUGUUAACUAUGAUUUUGACUCUUUAGACUGUUGUGAACGCACCAAAAAUGCAAUUAAAGAACUAGGAUUUCCUAAAAUGACUGAAGUACAAGCCCGUACGAUCCCUCCUUUGAUGGCUGGCCGGGAUGUACUUGGUGCUGCUAAGACAGGCUCUGGUAAAACCUUGGCCUUUUUGAUUCCCGCUAUUGAAAUGCUCUAUCGUCUCAAAUUUAAGCCUAGAAAUGGUACAGGUGCUAUCAUUGUGUCCCCCACUAGAGAAUUAGCUCUUCAAAUCUUUGGUGUUGCAAAGGACUUGCUCAAAUACCAUCAGUUGACGUAUGGUAUUGUUAUUGGUGGUGCUAAUCGAAAAGCAGAAGCUGAUAAGUUGGUAAAGGGCGUCAAUCUGAUUAUUGCUACACCUGGUCGUUUAUUAGAUCAUUUACAAAAUACUCGAGGCUUUGUGUUUAAAAAUUUGAAGGCUUUGAUUAUUGAUGAAGCAGAUCGAAUUCUGGAAAUUGGUUUUGAAGAUGAAAUGCGACAAAUUGUAAAGAUCUUGCCUUCAGACAGACAGACCAUGUUGUUUUCAGCUACCCAGACAACCAAAGUGACAGAUUUAGCCAGAAUUUCAUUGAAAAAAGGACCACUUUACAUUAACGUCCAUGAAAACCGAGAUACAUCAACAGCAGAUGGUUUAGAACAAGGCUAUGUUGUGUGUGAUUCAGAUCGUCGCUUUUUGCUGCUGUUUACCUUUUUGAGAAAAAACAUGAAAAAGAAGGUGAUUGUAUUCUUUUCUAGCUGUAAUUCCGUAAAAUACCAUGCAGAACUCUUGAAUUAUAUUGAUGUGCCCGUCUUAUCACUUCAUGGUAAACAAAAGCAACAAAAGCGUACAAAUACUUUCUUUGAAUACUGUAAUGCUGAAAGAGGUAUUCUAUUAUGUACAGAUGUAGCAGCAAGAGGCUUGGAUAUUCCUGCUGUUGACUGGAUUGUUCAAUUUGAUCCACCAGAUGAUCCCCGUGAUUAUAUUCACCGUGUAGGCCGUACUGCCCGUGGAUCCAAUGCCCAAGGAAAAAGUUUAUUGUUCUUGUUGCCUAGCGAACUUGGUUUCUUAAGAUACUUGAAGCAUGCCAAGGUGCCAUUAAAUGAAUACCAAUUCCCUGCCAAUAAGAUUGCCAAUGUUCAAGGACAACUGGAGAAGUUGAUUGAUAAAAACUAUUACUUGAAUCAAUCAGCCAAAGAUGGAUAUCGUUCUUACAUUCAAGCUUAUUCUUCUUUCAGCUUGAAAAAGAUCUUUGAUGUAAAUAAUUUAGAUUUAGCCAAAGUUGCUAAAGGCUUUGGUUUCUCUACACCGCCUAAAGUCAAUCUCGGUACUCUCAAGCAAGCAAAGAAUCAACCAGAAAAAUAAGUCUUGUGAUCUGUAUUUCUCAUUGGCCUGAAUAAAAGCAAAUUUUCUUACUC